CAGGUCUGGCUUGCCUUCCUGUUCAACUUCCUGUUUUUUCUGGUGAGACGAAUAAUAUUAUUCAAACGUAAUAAAAAAAAAUAUAUAUACACAUUCAACGGUCGACUUCAUAUGUUUUCGUCACAGUGUAAACUCGACGGGAUUUAUCUGAUUUAGUAAACACCCAGUUGGACGGACAAGGACUCAUGGGUGGGAUAAAACAGGAGCAGAAUGAUGCUCCGCAGCAGCCUAAAGCCUCACAGUCAACAGAGCACCCUCAAGAGGAGCCCAAGAAGAGAGGAUGGCCAAAGGGCAAGAAAAGAAAGAAGGUGCUUCCAAAUGGCCCAAAGGCACCAGUCACCGGCUAUGUCCGCUUUUUAAAUGAGCGACGGGAAGUUAUGAGGGCCCGAUAUCCUGACCUGCCUUUCCCAGAAAUUACCAAGCGACUUGGAGCAGAGUGGACACGGUUAGCACCAAAUGACAAACAGCGGUACCUGGAUGAGGCAGAGCGUGAGAAGAUGCAGUAUGCUCAGGAGCUGAAGGAAUAUCAUCAGACGGAGGCGUAUCAGAUCACCAGUGCCAAGAUACAAGACAAGAGGAUUAAGAAAGAGGACAGCCCCUCUGUAAUCAUCAGUGCAAGUUCAGGAUUGCCAAAGGCAUCUGAACUCCCGAGCAGGUUUGACAUCCCAAUCUUCACAGAGGAGUUCCUUGAUCAGAACAAAGCUCGAGAGGCGGAGCUGCGUCGACUUCGUAAGGCCAAUAUUGAGUUUGAGGAGCAGAAUGCGGUGCUGCAGAGGCACAUCAAGGACAUGUACAAUGCCAAAGAGCGCUUGGAGGCUGAAUUGGGGCAGGACGAGAAGCGCACGCAGGUUCUUCAUCAGCACUUGCUGGCCAUUAAACACACUCUGGUCAACAGUUUGUCUUCAGUCCCGCUACCAGGCACAAGUGAGACGGCAUCACUCGGAAAUCUGGACUCCUAUCUCAGUCGUCUCAGCGGAGUGCUAGAAGGCAACCCUCACAAGCACCGGGCCUUGCUCACGCAGCUUUGCGACAUCCUCUCUCAUGUUGACAGUGAGAAGCUAUAGGACGGCAACCCCAGCCACCCACCCCAAGUCAUUCCUGCAAAAGGUGCACAAAUGUAAUGCAAGGCGUUGUUGGGUCAAAUCUGCAGCAUUUGAUGAUGAGGACAUCUGAAAGAAAGAAAGGGUGGUGCAUUCAGUCAAAAUUAUGUGAGUUGAUGAAAGUGUGCACACAAUAUUUCCACGAUUAUGUUCUGUCUGCUUACUUUCUGAACAUGCAUUAAGACUACAGUGGGACUAUAAUUAAGUUUACAAGUAAUGCCGCUUGGCAUUGGUGGAUGGGAUAAUGUGUACGCAGUGUUAUUUAGCUGUAGAUGAAUACACUUUCAAUGCUGAACUGUUUGCUUUUGACCCAACAUGGAUAAUGAAAUUUUACUGUCAUGUCAUUUUAUAUCAGUGAAAGUGUGUGUGUACUUUUAUUUUCCAAAUGCUGAAUGAAACAUGCUGGAAAUAUUUCCACCAGAAGGUAAAAUCAAGUUUGUCUUUUUG